CGUUUCCUGUUACUAUUGUAUCACACUUCCAUGUUGUUCGCCUGAAACAGAAUCCGUAAUGUAAAACUACAAACAGGUGAAAUUGUCACUGUCUUGUAAUCUGUCGCACAUAGAAAGUUAGUUUCAACGUGUCGUCACUUACAGCUCGUGGAGGUGCUGACCCGGGGGGCGACAUGGCGAACUGUGUGGCUUUCCAGAGCAAGUUAACCUCGAUCAUGGAGGUGCUAGCUAAAGCUGCGGUGGUGGAGAUCAGCAAGCUGUGGGAGGACGGCUUCGCCCUCGUGCAGGUGGAGCUGCACCGGAGAGAGAGCGAGAUCCAAGCCCUGAACAGAAAGUUAGUGUUCAUGGAGAACGAGCGGUCUCAAACUACAUAUCUGACUUCAUCAUCAUCUUCCUCCAAGAAAGAGCAGCAGAACAAGCUGCUGCCGCCCACCGGUGAUGGGCCGAUCAUCGAUUCCGUGCAGACAUUGUGUCCUGAUCAGAGCGUCAGAGAGAAGACGGACGCGUCAGCGAAUCACAGAACACCCCCACCGUCACAGACAGAAGAGAGACAAAGUGAGCAGCUCAAGUCUGACCUCUGUGAAAGUUACGGCAGAGAUGACGAUGAAGACUUAAUAGUCAAGCUCGAGGGCGAGGACGACGUCCAGAUCAUGGAGCAGAUCGUGGACUCUGAUCACAGUGUUAACGAUGGAGCGGGUCCCCAUGAGCUGGAGCUGCACCUCCAACCCGGCGAGGCCAUGGAAGAACAAGAGAGCCGGCAGUGGUCGUCGGUUUCCGUGGGAGACAGCGACACUGCUGAUGACUCGGACUGCUUCUUUGAACCGAAGCAGCUGUCACAAAAUCUGGACUCAGAAAUCCUUUUCAUUCGGAACGCUUUGGACAUUUUUGAUAAUUCCUCAGAGGCCGCAUACUCGGACAGAUUUCUGAGAGAUAAUGGACCCGGUGCUUCAAGUAAAUCCAGGGAUCCUUUUAACCAAGUUCAGCCAAGUCAGCAUAUAGAAGCAAUAGACCCAGAGAGAGGAGUGUCCAUCAGAUUCCUCCCAGACAAACAAUCUCAAUCUAAAAACAUAUCGUCUUUUAACCCGGACAGCAGAUUCUUUCUUUUGAACGACCCCGAGUUGCAUAAAACGAUAGCGAGUCGGCGCAUAAAGGAGAAGUGGUUCAUCUGCCCGUUCUGCGGCAAAAGCUUUGACCGCCUCAGCCAUCUGGAGAUUCACCAGCGAAUUCACACGGGAGAGAAACCGUACACAUGCGAAACAUGUGGCAAGUGUUUUUCUCAGAGGAGCAACCUUCGCACCCACCAGCGGACUCAUAAAGAGGCUCUAUUCCAAAAUGAUUUGAUUCAGUAGAGUGUGAAGAGUGGGAAAGGCUAGAUAUAUCAGUGUCGUUUGUCUAGAUUAACUAACAAAUUCCCUUUGUAUUAUGUUACUGAAAGGUAAUGUAGCUGACUGAUUACUGUGCAUUUUAGAUCAAUUAUAACUUUGACAUAGCUUGGAUUGUAAGAACUAAUUUUGGUACUUGUGUUCUGUGUGUUAACUCAGCCAGUUAAGAGAUUUAUAAAAACUGUAAGGACAUCCAGUGGCAGCUUAUUGAUUUAUGCAGGUUGUGUAUGAUGACUGUGGAAGACACUCUGAUGUCCUUCAGCAUUACCGGUAUCCUCGUACCAUCACCUGGCUCACAGUGAAACGUAGAGCAGAUCUGCACAUAAGUGGAGAGAUAUAAAAGAGAAAUGACCUGAAACCUUUUAAAAGACAACGUCAGCGCUUAGAGGAUGAGAAUGACUUCACACUGAACUAUGGCGUCGUGUAACGGACGACUUGAGUUGUGUGUAGUCUUUGUAAUACUGCUGACACGGAAGGUUUGGGCUCAUAUACAUUUCAUUAAUGUAAUUUGAGACUUUAGCAAUAUCUUUCCUUUUGUAAAGGAAUGUAUCUGAGGCCAACAAAGAAAUGCUAAUUCUUCAUCUUUGCUUUUUAAGAAUUCAACUUUGUAUCAUUGCAUUGCAUGUUGGGAGAUGUAGUUCUCCCUGUAGGUCCUCACAAUGUGUCCGCUCUGAGUGGCAAUAAUUCAACAUUUUGGGAAAUGU